AUGAGUCUCGCCAUCGGCACCGCUCUCGUGCCCUCGGCCCUGCUUGUUGCAGGUGUCUACGCCAUUAAGCCUGAAUUCCUUGCCUAUGCGAUCGCUCUGGCUGGAAUGCUGGCUGGCUACUUGGUCUUCAGCAACAAGCCUCGCAAGGUCCUGAAUCCCACUGAAUUCCAGAACUUCGUCCUCAAGGAGAAGAACGAGAUCUCUCACAAUGUCGCCAUCUACCGUUUCGCCCUUCCCCGUCCCACCGAUAUCCUCGGCCUGCCCAUCGGUCAGCACAUCUCUCUCGCCGCUACCAUCGCUGGUCAGCCCAAGGAGGUCGUCCGUUCUUACACCCCCAUUUCCUCCGAUAACGAGGCCGGUUACUUCGAUCUGCUCGUCAAGGCUUACCCCCAGGGUAACAUCUCCCAGUAUCUUACCACUCUUAAGAUCGGCGAUAAACUGAAGGUCCGCGGCCCCAAGGGCGCCAUGGUGUACACCCCCAACAUGUGCCGUCACAUCGGUAUGAUCGCCGGUGGCACUGGUAUCACCCCCAUGCUCCAGGUCAUCAAGGCUAUCAUUCGCAACCGUCCUCGCAACGGUGGUAACGACACCACCAAGGUCGACUUGAUCUUCGCCAACGUCAACCCCGAGGAUAUCUUGCUCAAGGACCAGCUCGAGCAGCUGGCGAAGGAGGAUGACGGAUUCCGCAUCUACUAUGUUCUCAACAACCCCUCCGAGGGUUGGACCGGCGGUGUUGGUUUCGUCACCCCCGAUAUGAUCAAGGAGCGUCUCCCUGCCCCCGCUGCCGAUGUCAAGAUCCUCCUCUGCGGUCCUCCUCCCAUGGUCAGCGCCAUGAAGAAGUCCACCGAGGCUCUUGGAUACACCAAGGCGCGCCCUGUCAGCAAGCUCGAGGACCAGGUCUUCUGCUUCUAA